GCCAUUAAAAGUUUUCCUUAUCCUUGUGGAACACAUCUCCUCCUCCUUACUGUAGUUAGGUCCACUGAUACCAGUUCUUCAAAAAUGGCCUCCCAGACCCGAUCAUUGCUCCACGAUGUGAUGCAAAAGGAAAUGACUGAACCCAUUGAAAUGCCGAACAACUUGGACACAGCAAUCACAUUCAAACUCUGCGAGCAGAGUGGAGUCACCUGGAUCGAGACUCCAACACCUGAUCCCAUAAAUAGUUUGAUUAUUUAUGAGAAACCAAAGCUGGUAGUUCAUGAAGUAUUUCGAGUCCUUCUCUCUGAUGUCAAGCGCUUGCCUCGAAGGCGUCGGUAUACACAGGUCGGGGCUAAGAUUCUUUCAAUCUUGGGUGUAGAAGAAUAUCUGCAGGCUCCUAUUCUAGGAAAACUAUUUCAGGUAAUUGAAGCGGCUGUUCCCGGAGUGCCUAUUACUGUGUUCUUGACGUCUGUGAUUGUCAACUUAUUGAACAGUGAAAGUGAUGCUGGCAUGGGGGAUGUAACUCUCCGCUCAUGGGAUCGAGAACGACCUGUUGACGAUGAAUCGGUUAUUGAUAGUUUGGAAGCUACUAUUAGAGAAACGCCGUUAUGUGCUAUUUGUUUGGAGGGCCUUGAUCACUAUGGUGUUGUUGAAUACGGGACUGAUCAUCAGCCAUCAAUGAGUACUACUACUUGCUUUCCCUGCUCACAUCUUUAUCAUAGAAAUUGCAUUACCCAGUGGCUUGAGAAAAAUCCUUCUUGUCCCUUGUGCCGAUGCAAAAUGCCAGAUGUGGAAGCUGUAGGUGAUGCUGGCAUGGGGGAUGUAACUCUCCCCUUAGGGGGUCAGGAACGACCUGUUGACGGCGAAGUGGUUAUUGAUACGGGUACAAGGGUCAAUUUUAUUCCUGCAACUGAAUCAUCUAUUGAGGCUUUGGAACAAGUGAGACUUGAUAGUUUGGAAACUACUAUUAGAGAGACAUGGUUAUGUGAUAUUUUUUGGGAGGGCCGCUUGAUCACUAUGAGGCUUUGGAACAAGUGAGACUUGAUAGUAUGGAAGCUACUAUUAGACAGCAUAUAUGGUUAUGUAAUCUUUGUUGGAAGGACCUUGAUCACUAUGACGGGACUGAUCAUCAGCCAUUGAUGAUUACUCGCUGCCCCCGCUCACGUAUUUGUCAUAGAGAUUGCCUUAGCCAGUGGCUUCAGAUAAAUCAGUGGUGUCCCUUCUGCCGAUACCCAAAUAAAUCCCCAGUUGUGGAAGCUGUAGGUGAGCCAUCAAGGCCCACAGGGCGAAGGCGGCUGCAUUGGCCUAGGAUCGUGAUGUCUGCGGCUGGUAUUAUUACUGAUAUAGUGCUUUGUAGAUUAUCACAGCGAAGUUAAGGAUGUUCACUUUAGGAGCCAGAAUAAGGUGUCAGUAAGCGCUUACUGUCCCAUUGGCCUUCCAUAAAGAGGCCAGAAUAAAGCGUCUGUAAGUGUCAUAUGUUGCCAUUGGCCUUGACUGUUUAGCUAGCUUGUUUUGAUGAGAAUUUGUUAUUAGCUUCUUCAAAGUUUUUGGAUUUACACAAGUUGAUGCAGGCUUAUUAUGACUUUGGAAAUCCUGGUAAGUGGUAAUGCAUGCAGCUCCAGGUCCAUAGCCAUUAUAAAGUGAUGCAGAACGGAUGACAGCUCAAUUUGAAGAACAAUUGGAUCGUGCUAAAGGAGGAAAACGAAAAGUGACUAGUAGACGCGAAACAGCUCGGAGUCCGAUUGGGACGCACCUUACCUUUCCGGAAAGGGAAUCGCGCCACGAGCAAGACUCAGCUUUGCCAUGAGCUGUAGCAUUUUUCCGGCUUUCGGGGUCGUUUAGGGCCUCAAAACUGCAAUUUUCUAUUUUUCGGCGUUUUGGGUUUUCCUAGUUAUUUUUGGGUUGUUUUCGUUUUUACCCAUGGGCUUUAGGGUUUCAUUGUUAGUCGCCCUAGGGUUUAUUUUCUUAUAAAUAAGCCGCCUUAAGGCUGCAGAACGCAUCUUUUUAUCUUUUAUCAAUAAAAUU